CAACGCCCUUCUAGUGCUUAUCAGUACCACUGACUCUCAAGUUAUUUAAUGGACCUCUCCUUCGUCUAUUCUUCAAUUUCCUUCCCAAGACUCAUCCAGAUCAAUUCACCACCGACAAGCUCGCCAAGAUGGGCAUCAUAAGUGACCUGACCCGACCUGAUUCAACACAUCAUGAACCCAUCACAUACUUGCUCGCAUAUAUUGCCUGCUUAUCACUCCUCUCGGUUAUUCCUUAUGUUCUAUACAUCCGCUACUAUAGCUCAUUAGCCAAAGUCCCCGGCCCCUUCUGGGCCAGUCUAUCGCGAUGGUGGUUGGUAUUAUUCUCAGACAAAGGCAAUAUGCAUCGGUUGUACCCCCGUCUUCAUGAGGAGUACGGAAAAUUGGUUCGUGUCGGACCAAACGAAGUUAGUGUGGCGGAUUUGAAUGCCAUUCAGUUGAUCUAUGGGGCCGGAAAUAAAUUCGCAAAGAGUGAUUGGUACAGCGUUUGGCAAGGCCGUCGUAAAUUCGAUCUCUUUGCAGAACGGAAUGAGACUAUCCACGGUGCUCAGCGACGACUUGUCAACAACAUCUACUCCAUGAGUAGUCUAAAGGACUUCGAGCAUGGUGUGGAUGCAGUCGUCGAACGACUCAUGCAAUGUAUGCAGCGCCAAGGGUCUGACGCAACUGUUGAUCUGGGGAAGUGGGUGCAGUUGUUUGCUUUCGAUGUAAUUGGCGAGAUAACAUUCUCCAAAUCAUUCGGUUUCCUGGAAAACGGAACAGACGGUGGCGCGUUCCGUCAAAUUGAAAACGCACUUCGCUCGGCUUCUUGGGUGGGUCAAGUACCCUGGGUAUACUGGCUGCAUGAUUACAUGACGCCUAUCAUCGGAAGUCGUCUGGGUAUCGCAGCACGCCAUGGUACAAUUCGACAGAUUGCCGCUCGUGAGAUCAUGGCGCGUCGGGAAGGGAAGCAUGUCGAAGAGGCAAAAGAAGAGCGAGACAUCUUAUCCAAGCUCUUCGACGUGCAGAAGACGAAAGGAAACCAGCUGUCGGAUGAUGACGUGCUCUCAAUGGCCACCUCGAAUGUUUUUGCGGGCUCUGACACCACUGCUAUCUCGAUCAGGUCGAUCAUUUACCACCUUUUGAAGAAUCCCACGUGCUUGAAGAAGCUUAGGGAUGAAAUUGAAGACCGGAAACGUCAAGGGAGAUUCUCGGACCCGGUUACACUGGACCAGGCAAAUGAUAUGCCGUAUCUUCAGGCGUGUAUGUGGGAGGGGUUAAGAUUGCACCCGGCUGUUGGGAUGAGUCUCCCUCGUGUUGUUCCCAAGGGGGGAAUUAUGAUCGACGGGUGCUUCUUGCCGGAGGGGACAACAGUGGGUGUUAACGCCUGGGUCGUCCAUCGCGACGCAAGUAUAUUCGGCGACGACGUUGAAGCCUUCCGCCCUGAAAGAUGGUUAGGAGAGAAGACAGGAGAUAUGAGACGAUACUUCUUCGCCUUUGGAGGUGGUUCACGACUCUGUAUUGGAAAGAAUAUCAGCUGGAUGGAAAUGAGCAAGAUGAUCCCGACCCUCCUAGAUCGCUUCGACAUUCAGCUUGCGAACCCAGAUGAGCCGUGGCAGGAAACGUGCUGGUGGUUUGUCAAACAAGAAGGCCUGCUAGUCAAACUCUCACCUCGCAAAUCAUAACGCCCCAUACACAUCGCAACCACUUCCAAAAUGAAACCCAACAUUCUCUUGAAAUAUACCAAAACUGUACAUACAAACCAAAC